CUACUGGACUCUAAUGGGCUUGUUGAAUAAAAAUACUUGGAAUCCAAUAAAAAAAUUAAUCAUAACAGGACUUUUAUUCUGACACCACUAUUAAUCCUCAUUCUUGUCUACGUUUCUGGUUUACCCCCAAUGUUAAACCGACCGCUACCAACCACGGGGAUACAGAAAAAAACGAGUCACCGUGAAUUCAUUUCACAUCUCUUUUAUCGGGUGAACGUGCCCCGGUGACAGUCCGUUUUCCCUGCAGUUAUGAGGCUCCGCUGGUCCGGGGGCGUGCUGCUGUCGGUGGCGGCUGCCUACUACGUCUAUACUCCGUUACCGAGUGCGGUGAGCGAGCCCUGGAAGCUCAUUCUGCUGGACGCGCUGUUCCGGAGCUUCAUACAUGCGGGUGAUGCGGCGCAAGCUCUAGGGGUGUGUCACAGUGUCCAUAUGUUGAACUCUGUGGUGUCUCGGUUGGAGGUGAUUGAGCCAUGGUCUAGUCCUACUGUACGUGUCACUGACUCCGCCUUGGGGGGUGUGCCUGCACGAGUGUUCCAGCCAGUUGGAGGAGGAGCCAAGCUCAGGAGGGGAGUGCUUUACUUCCAUGGUGGGGGAUGGGCCCUUGGCAGCGGACGAAUGAGAUCUUAUGACCUGCUGUGUAGGAGGAUGGCUGAAGAGCUGGAUACAGUCGUUGUGUCGGUUGAUUACCGCUUGGCCCCUGAUUCAGUGUUUCCAGACCAGUACCAUGAUGCUCUAGCAGCGUCCAGGGCCUUCCUGUCCCCAGAGGUCUUGCAGCGCUUUGGGGUCAACCCAGCCAGGGUGGGGGUGUCUGGAGACAGCUCUGGGGGGAACCUCGCUGCAGCCGUGGCCCAGCGGGUACACAUAUGUAAACUUACACACAUGCACACACACACACUCACACACAUAAACACACACACACUCACAUUUUUUUUCUGGCCACAGAUUUCUGCAGAUGACAGUAUGAGUGUGAAGUUCAGUAUCCAGGCGUUGAUCUACCCAGUCCUCCAGGCUCUAGACCUGAACACCCCGUCCUACCAACAGAACCACAACGUACCCAUCCUGCACCGACACCUCAUGGCCAGGUUCUGGCUGAUUUACCUGGGGGCUGAUCCCUCUCUCCUCCCUCAUCUCCUCUCCUCCUCCCUCCUUCAUCCCUCCAUCUCUCCUUCCAUCCGUUCUCAUCUCAACUGGACCUCCCUGCUCGCGGCCAAACACCAAAAGCAUUACCGGCCCGUUGGCAUAGAGACUGGGUCGCGGGAGGUCACGGGGAUAGUGCCGGGGUUGGUGGAUGUGCGAGCGGCGCCGUUGCUUGCAGAACAGGGGAUUCUGGGUAGAACGCCGCGAGCGUACGUGAUGACGUGUGAGUUCGAUGUUCUGAGGGACGAUGGGUUGAUGUACGCCAGGAGACUACAGGACGCGGGCGUCACGGUUACCAGUGUUCACUAUGACGACGGUUUCCACGGCUGCAUGGUCUUCUCCUUUUGGCCGUUUUUGUCCUCCGUUGGCCAGAGGAGUCUGGACAACUACAUCCAGUGGCUAGACCACAACCUCUAGAACAGCCAUACUCAACAGGCGGACCGCGGUCUGGAACCAGACCCAGAAGAGGGUCGAUACGGACAGUGUGUUUAAAAUCAAUUUUUUAAGAAAUCAAUCAGGCUUUUAACUUACUGCUGUUGAGUAGUUAUCAUGGGCAGGGGACUCGACCCCAAGGGGGCCCCCAUGUAUUUUGUUGAAUCACUCAGGUAUCAUAUGAACACACAUAAGAAGACAUGGCAAAAUGUGUAGAAUUGCAGGAAAUUUGCUUUAAAACUGCAACAGUUUUUUUUGCCCCAUGUCAAAAUGUGUGGAAUUGCAGAAAAUUAGCUUUAAAACUGCUACGUUUUUUCUCCGCCAGCAGAAGGGGUGUGAAUUGUUUGAACAGUUUAGAGUUACAUGCGUUGCGAAGGGCGGGUUUGUUACUACGCCGACAGAUGACAAUACCCAUCCGGACCUUUGCCACUUAGGAAAUUUGUGUGACCAGACCAUCUAAAAUAGUAGUCUAGAACACGACAGAACCCUAUGGAACCCAAGUUAUGUUGAGAAUCAAAACUAUAGGAUCACAACCUAGAAUCCAAUAGGAGCACCACUAGGACUAAAAUGUCCAGGCAACCAGACAACCACACCUCCCAUGCCUCUUUCCUUUUGACUACCUAGCUGAUCCUGUGGUUGUUCAAUGUAAAGAACGUGAACUGUCAGCUGUCUAUGGAAACUGAUUUAAAGCUUUGGAUGCUAACAGUCUGAUACACUGAAAGACUGACCAACAUACACAUCUGUGUGGAAUCUCUGGGUUGUGCAAUAAUAUGUUGUAUUUAUUUAUUUGACCAUUCCAAGCUUAGAGAAGCAGGCAGAAGAGGGCCAAAAACAGACCUCACCACAUGUUUUAACUACAGCCCCCGAGGAACAGUGUUUUACCAGGGUAUAGGACCACUAAGAGAGAAUCUGACACGGCAUGAGACCAGACAGGCUGAAAAGUAUUUUUUAUAGAUAUUAUUUUAGAAAUGAAGUAACUCACUGGGCAAAAAUGGUUGAAUCAACAUUUUUUUCCACUUAAAAAAAUCUGUGAUGGAAAACUGAUUGGAUUUGCAAAAAGUCAUUAACUAAAGGGAAUUUUGUCUAUUUUUUCACCCAACUUUUGACCUAAAUCCAAUGACAUGGUGAAAUUGUUUGUUGAUUUCACGUUGAAUUUACAUUAUUGACAACUCAACCAAAUGUAAAUCAAAACUACACGUUGAAAUGACGUCUGUGCCCAGUGUGAAGAUAUGUUAUGUGCAGAGAGAACAUUGACCAUAGAACGUGUGUGUUUUUUUAGUAUAAGGAAUAUUGUCUGUUCUAAAUCCGUCAAAGGAUCAGGUGUUUGUGUUAUGUGAAGAUAUAAAGCCAUGUGAACCAGGAAUUCCAGGUAUUCCAAAUGGGCUUUUAUUUUAGAAAGAUCUGUCCUCUUUUCUCACACAAUGUACGUAGCUAUUGGUUUGGCGUAUUAUGUUGAUGUGUUUUACUUUUGCCUGAUAUUUGUUGACCACUCGGACAUUUCAAUGUACUUUAGGCCUGGCCAAAGUCAAACAUUUAGAAAUAUGGCUCUGGGCCUGGCUAUUGACCCUGGGUGUAAUACCACUACUAGACAGAUGGUGACACUGUUGUGCCCUACAGAUUAGAAAACCCCUUCCAAGAAUCAACUGACUGUAAACUGGUAGGGAACAAAGGCCUCCGUUUGAGCUUCAAAACUGUGAAGUUUUAUAUUAUCACUGGAGAGAAUUUAAACUAAUGAAUAUAUGUACAUAAAAUAUAUAUUUUAUCUGAUGUUGAGUCUAAAUGGAUCUGAAGUUUCAGUGGCGUGUAUUGGUUCAGCUAACUUCCUGUUCUGUGCACAGUAUUGUAAUAUACACUGCUCAAAAAAAUAAAGGGAACACUAAAUAACA